AUGGAGCGCACCUGCCAUGCAAGACAGCUGCAUGAUAGAGGCAGCCAAAGAGCCCGGCCAAGGGGCCGCAUUGCUGCACACUGUUUGCUGGUCACGGCCCCACUAGGAAUUGCUUUGGCUUUACGUGGUGUGCCACCCAGGUAUCACUCCGCCAUGGAACUACUCACAGAGCGUUUGAAGCAUCGAGAGUUGGAUCCAGGCAUGGACCAUCCACUGAUGUUACUUCGUUUCCUCACCUGCACCAAGACGGUGGAGGAGGCGGAAGAGAUGGUGCUGACUGCUCAGGCAUGGAGAAGAGAGGCGAAAGUUGAAUCCAUCAUGCAGGAGUGGGGCGAACUGGGCAAAGACGGUACGUGGAAGCUGGCACCAAAGAAAGGCAUCCAAGCGUCACCUGUGGGCGAUGAUCUCUUCAAUUGGUCGGCGAUCGUCCUUGGACCACAGGACACAGCCUGGGAAGGUGGCGUUUGGAAGUUGAAAAUGAGCUUCAACGAGGAGUAUCCCGAAAAGCCACCUUCGGUGCGUUUCGAGAAUGAAGUCUUCCAUCCCAAUAUCUUCCCAGAUGGUCAAAUCUGCCUCGACCUUCUCAAAGGAUCUGGUUGGUCUCCAGCCUAUGAUGUGUGCACCAUUUUGUUGGCCAUCCAGUCCUUAUUGGCAGACCCAGACACUCAUGCCACACCAGAGGGAGGAGCCAAUCCAGAGGCGGAAUCACUCUUCGUCCGAGACCGACAGGGUUAUUAUGCCAAGGUGAAAUCUCUGGUUGACAAGCAGCUGGAGGAGGAUGACAUGGGCUGCCUUAGCGCUGUACCUUGA